AUGCCGGUCCUAAACGACGACGUUCUUCUCCGCGUUGCGAGUUUCUGCGACAUCGACACCAUUGUCACCAUGAUGUGCACCAGCAAGCACCUCUACGAGCUCCUGACUCGGUACGAACAAUCCAUCGUGAAGGACGCCGUUGCGUUGUACACCGGCGGCGACUCCUCUCUGUUCCCCCCUUCAGGCGCAAUCAGUUCCUCGCACAACGUUGAGCGCGAGUAUCUGUAUCCUAAGAGAUACGAUAUCCUCAACGAGCUCAAGAUCCGCACUUCCCGCACGGAGACUCUUCUAAGUCCAGGCCAACCCCUGAGAAGCAAGAUCGAUUCCAUAUUUUCGACGCCCGGAACAUUCCUCGAUCUCCCUCAAGUCGAACGCGAGCUGCUGAUGGCCCGCCUUAAAGAGACCUGCAAGUUGGUCGACAGGCUGGGAGACUGCGCGGCAGACAUCAUGUCGAUGUGGAUGCAGCCGGCCGCCAACGGCAACUCCAGCCAGAAGCUUGAUGCCGAUGAGGCCAUGCUUAAGAUUCACGAUCGCCAGCUGGCAUACAUUCGCUCCCUAUCACCACUCGACUUGGCCUAUCUUUUCCAUCUUCUCGCCUGGGCUGGCCAAGCCUAUGCCGCCGAGAACCCCGCCCUGAUGGCCGAUGUUGAUUGCUGGGAACGUCUCCUGGCUUUCAAGGAAGCUAGCCUUCGUCAAGGCACAAUCAUGCUCUGGGCUGUCUUCCAGCCGCCGAAGGUCAAGAAAAGCGCCAACCGCACUGAGGAUACCACCCGCCGCAAGCCCACGACCGAGCUUGCUCGCUUUGCAGAGACCUGCAUCCGUCAGAUCUUGGAAGAAAUUCGCAUCUACCAGUCCACGGAACCAAGCCAGAAUCGCCUACCGCCCAGCCUACACAUGACAAUGGUUAAGAGUUUUGUCGAGAAGACCGGACGUCCGAGCACUCGGCAUGCCAUUGAGAUGGAGCGCCUCAUUCUGGAACAUAUCCGGGUCGACUAG